ACAUUCGUCUCCAGUCAGCCAGUGUCAUGGAAGCAGUUGAGGACAUAGUGAUCGUUGGAGCUGGCAUAGCAGGACUUGCCACAGCUUUAGGACUUCAUAGGCUGGGCAUAAGAAGCUUGGUUUUGGAGUCGCAUGACCAUUUGAGGACCACAGGGUUUGCGCUGGGAAUAUGGACAAAUGGUUGGAAAGCUUUGGACGCAGUGGGGGUUGGCGAAUCACUCCGUCGGCGGCACAACCGACUUCUCAGGGUGAUGACCUCUUCCACAAUUUCUGGACUUCGUACAGCAGAGAUACCAUUAAGUGCGAUGGGGCCGCAGAGAGACCAUGAAUUCCGUUGUGUGCAGAGGAAGAUCUUGUUGGAGACUCUUGAGAAAGAACUUCCAAGUGGCACUAUUAAAUUUUCUUCCAAGGUGGUUUCAAUCGAGGAAUCAGGUUACCUCAAGCUUAUUCAUCUUUCUGAUGGUUCUAUUCUCAAGGCAAAGCUGUUGAUUGGGUGCGAUGGAGUGAACUCCGCUGUGGCCAAAUCGUUAGGCUUCAAGAUGCCUGCUUUUGUUGGCCGAUUCGGCAUUAGGGCCUUUGUAUAUUAUGAAAAUGGUCAUGAUCUUGAGCCCAAAAUUUUCCAGUUCAUGGGCGAAGGAGUUAGAUAUGGUGUCAUUCCUUGCGAUGAUAAGACUAUAUACUGGUUCUUCAGUUUUUCUCCUUCCAGCCACAAUGAGGAGAUCAUAGACAAUCCGCCUAAGAUAAAGCAAUUUGUGCUAAGCAAGCUCGGAAAAGUCGCCGACAACAUAAAAGCUGUUAUAGAUGACACGGAUUUGGAUAACAUGGUGUUAUCUCCACUGAGAUUUAGACAUGCAUGGGAGAUUUUAUGGGGAAACAUAAGCAAAAGCAAUGUUUGUGUAGCUGGAGAUGCAUUCCACCCCAUGACACCAGAUAUUGCCCAAGGAGGCUGUGCGGCCCUAGAAGAUGGCAUCGUCUUAGCAAGAUGCCUGGGUGAAGCCUUGAGAGAUAGGCAAGUCAUGAGAAGUGAAGCAAAGGGUAUAGAAGAGGAGCAGGAGUACAAGAGGAUUGAGAUGGGUUUGCGCAAUUAUGCCAAAGAGAGAAGAUGGAGAGCGUUUCAGCUCAUAACUGCAGCUUAUAUGGCGGGGUACAUGCUACAAAGCAAUGGUAAGAUAUUGAACUUCUUGAGGGAUAAAGUACUGGCGGGGUUCCUGGCGGGUCAGCUGCCGAGAAUAGGGAGCUACGAUUGCGGGAUGCUAAGAACUCCUUGAAUUCAGACCUUAGUGGCAUAUAUUGCUAUUGCCUUUUCAGGUUACAUAGCGAGUGUUUAUCUUCUUCCCAUGCAAAGGAAAAUAAGGGAACGUUUGUGUCUGUGCAUGUAAAGUGAGGAUGAUGAAUGCAUGAACUACAAUUUCAUUUUGACUGCAAGAAAAUCUUUUCCUCUUUAAGGCAGCGAUUUCAGAUAUGUGAGUGGUUGAAUUUGCUUCUUU